UGCCCCUGGGCGACGUCGUGGACAAAAGGCAGCGUGAGGAGACGUUCAAGGCGACGCUCCAAGGCCAUCGGCGGUCGCACUUGCGUGGCGACGCCAAGUGCAGCACUCUCGACCCUGAGCAGAACUUCCGCGGCAGGAUUAACGUGCACUUGAGCUCCUGGCUUCGCGAGAGUAACCUAGAUGUUCAAGUCGCCCAGGACAAGUCCGGCGCCCUCGGAACGAAAGAAGAAAACAUGCCGCAGGGGGCAGCGCACAAGCGCAGAGAGCGAACGCCGGAGGCGACAUCAUUCAAGCAGAUUUCCAUGAUGGAGGAUGGGGCUGAUGACAUCGCCACUGAGUCUCUGCGGAGUUGCAGGGCGCCGCUGCUUCGAGUGGCCGCGGUGCUGAGACGAGCGAGGCGCCUUCGAACACUGGCGCGGCCCUUGAGGUCAGCCCGCCAGCCGCGCCGGAGCUCCGCGCGCGGAAAAGGCGUUGGGCGCGACCGCGGAUCCAGCGAGGCUUCAUCGCGCAUGGGGAUUCCUACUCCUCUGACUGCGUUGCCGCGCGUCGACGCCCGGCAGGAGACGCCCAACUUCAAGCUCAAGCUCGAGCGCGCCUUUCCCGCUCGCGAGGGCGAGGGCGCGGCGACAACUGGUGAAGAUGCCCCAUCGGACGACGGGUUCAUCGCAGAGGAGGUAGAGGGCAAAGAGGAUGCCGACACGGCGUCGUCUUCUACAGGCCAGCUCAGGUCACGCAGCGCGGAGAAGGUUUUGGGGGCGUGCAGGGAGCUCCGCGGCAUGGCCGUCGACAAGGCCGACAACGCCAAGAUGUUGGAGGAGGGCGCGACCUGCAUGGCGCAGAAUCUCUUGGACGAGUCGGAGCGCCUGGAGUUCAUCGGGGCACUCUUCGGGGGAGCCCGCAACGUGCCAGCGGCGUCAAUAAGUGGGACGCGCAACGCGGCUCAGAAGCAGAUGGUCCAGAAGUUGGGCCCGAAGUUGAUGUCGAAUGUCUUCGUCGCCGCGGGCGUCGCGGCAUUUUCCAGGAUGGAGUGUUCUGUGCCUGGAGAGCUCGGCGUCGAUUUGCAUGCUAGUUCAGCGGCUAGAUCUAUAUUGAGAUUCGCAAUGUUUUCGAAUGGCGACUCCAUGAACUGCGGCCUCCUUCCCGAGGCGCGCCGCGACAAGGUCCAGCAGCGCAUCGUCUUGCUCACAGAACAGACCCCGACCGCAAUCAAUAAUACUUUCCAGGAAGCGCGGAGCGUCCUCGUCGACUCGGGCGCCCCCAACGCCGCCGAGAACGACCUGCUGGGUCUCCGUGGCGCCCGUUGGUCUGCCCAGGCAGCUCACGUGGACUUGGGCCUGGGCGCGUCCUCCUGGGGUUUCUUGACGCACUGGGUCGACAGCAGCCCCCAGAGCGCCACUGCUGCCAAGGUUUUGCUGGACAAGAAGUCCGAUGUCAGCUUGAUGCUCCGCACGUCUGCCAAUAUUAUGGAGGCAGUGCAGUUGCUUGCCAUCGUGGGCAGUGACGCAGCUUCGCCGGACAUUGACGCGACCAUCGCAGGAUCUUGGUUCAUCAGGUUGAUCUCCGACGUCGCCGAAGUAAUCGAGGGGGCCAUUGGCGAGGCCGCCACCCCCCACGUCAUCGAAGCGAUGCCAGGCUGCCCUCCUCCUGGCGGCUACGGGCAGGACGAGGACCCCGAAGCUGCCGCGAGCACUCUCUGGCGCGUGUUUCAGCUGGUGUUCUUCCGCGACAACUUGGAGGGGGCGUUUGGCAAGGGUCGGCCAUGGAAUAAACUGAUGCUCGAGUUCCGUGCCAGGCUCGAUCUUCUGCGCGACGUCGGCAACGCAGUGGCGAAGGAAGAUGGCGCGGACUACCUCGGCGUCCUCCGUGCGUGGUCUGGUUUCUGGGUUCGUCAGGAUCGCAUCGACAUCGUUGACGCGUCCCUGGGCGCCCGCAGGUCUGAAACCACAAAGGCCCCGGCGACGCUGCGGUCGGCUUCGAUCGAGGAGUCAGCGACGGAGGCCUCCAGGAAUGCGUUGAACGUCCGACAGAGCCUCGAUGAAGGCAUCAUCCAGUUGGCCACCCAAUUGAAGGACUUCUUCCCGCCGAAGUGCAGCGAGAUCUUGAACGCAGCCAAGACGCACGACAACGCCGUGGCAAUUCUGGCCCGUUUGUCCACGGGCGAGCCCGUGAGCCUCGUGCGCCCACAAACCGAGUUGGGCAUGAAGGAGGCGAGCCUGAAGAUGAACAAAGCAUGCGAGGACGCAAUCACUGCAGGGAUCGCUACGUCUGACGCUGUCUGGGGCUUCGCGGACGACCGCGACUUCUUCAAGGUUGUGGUUCCCGCGUCGGUGAACGGCGACCGGGCUGCGCGCCCGUGGACCGGGGGGUUCAAGGACAAGGAGGUCGAAGAGAAGAUGGCGCUAUACGACCGCAUGGGCAAGACGGCUAAGCCGACGUACCGC